CCCGCUCGUGGUAACGCGUUAGGUAGAGGGGUGCCAGAGCAUCUCGGUGAUCAACUGUAACAACGAAGGUGAGGUGAAGAAUGUCAUCGGGAGCACUGUUCCCAAGUCUGGUGUCGGGGUCGCGGGGCUCCUCCAGCAAGAACCUGGUGGAGUUCCGAGCCGGGAAGAUGACCCUGAAAGGCAGCACGGUGACCCCGGACAAGCGCAAGGGCCUGGUCUACAUCCAGCAGACGGAUGACUCCCUCAUCCAUUUCUGCUGGAAGGACCGCACGUCAGGAAACGUGGACGAUGAUCUCAUCAUUUUUCCCGAUGACUGCGAGUUCAAGAGGGUCACCCAGUGCACUACGGGACGUGUCUAUGUGUUGAAGUUUAAAGCAGGAUCCAAAAGACUUUUUUUCUGGAUGCAGGAGCCGAAGACGGACAAGGACGAGGAGCACUGCCGCAAAGUGAACGAAUACCUCAACAACCCUCCCAUGCCCGGGGCGCUGGGGAGCGGGGGUAGCGGGGGCCAUGAGCUCUCUGCUCUUGGAGGGGAGGGUGGCUUGCAGAGCCUUCUGGGUAACAUGAGUCAUAAUCAGCUGAUGCAACUGAUAGGACCAACUGGACUGGGAGGUCUGGGUGGUUUGGGAGCCCUGGCAGGACCAGGUCUGGCCAAUCUUCUCAGCAGUGGAGGUCCUGCUACCAGCAGCUCAUCAUCCAGUUCCCGUAGCCAGUCAGCAGCUGUCACCCCGUCCUCGACUUCCUCUGCAACCCGGAUCAGCUCCACCCAGGUCCCUACUACACCCAUCACUCCGGCGGCUACCACCGCCCCCUCCCCCACCCUCACCCCGACCACUCCUGCGGCUCCCGCCACCCCCGUCGUGCCCACGACCACCAGUCCCACGCAGCCCAUCCAGCUGAGUGACUUGCAGAGCAUCCUGGCCACCAUGAACGUGCCUGCUGUGGCCAGCGGAGGGCAGGGCGUGGACCUGGCCAGUGUGCUGACCCCGGAGAUCAUGGCCCCCAUCCUGGCCAAUGCAGAGGUGCAGCAGCGGCUGUUGCCCUACCUGCCUUCAGGCGAAUCGUUGCCGCAAAGCGCGGACGAGAUCCAGAACACUCUGUCGUCCCCGCAGUUCCAGCAGGCAAUGAGCAUGUUCAGUAGUGCACUGGCUUCUGGGCAGCUGGGACCACUCAUGAACCAGUUUGGUUUGCCUACGGAGGCUGUGGAUGCAGCCAACAAAGGAGAUGUAGAAGCGUUCGCAAAAGCCAUGGAAGAAGGUGACAGUAAGGCAGACCAAGAGGGAGGCGAUUCCAAAGACAAAAAGGAUGACGAAGAAGAUAUGAGUUUAGAUUAGAGAAUCUACAGCUGUUUCCUUUUUCUUACAUGUAGAACUAUUACCAUUAGGACAGAUGUACCUCUGUAAAAGUGUGUCAUUAUACAUAUAUUCUGGUAAAUGCUUGCUGCAAAUAAACUGGUAUUGGAAUAACAUGA